AUGGCCCGUCUCCUCCAGUCAUUGCGGCAACUGCUAGGCGUGACGCCAGCUGUUGAGGGUGAUCGCAUUGUGCUUCACAAUAGGCAACCGGUGUUGACGAAACCAUUGAAGAAGGGUGACAAGACAAAUCUUCGUCGUGGACAUCUGGACCAUGAUCGUGUUAUUGGAAAUCGUGUCUGGGAUUCUGUGCAGGCUCACAAAGGCCCCGACGUUCGACCAAGCCUUCCAACGCUAGAUGAAUACGUUGCUUUAACACCUCGCCAUGUGACACCGAUCUACCCCCACGACGCCAAUUUGAUCGUCUCCCUCCUCGACCUCCACCCUAAUACCCCGGCCGCAGGUGUGAACGAACCUCAGAUAGAGAUCCUUGAAUCCGGCACCGGCCAUGGCUCCUUGACUCUGCACCUUGCGCGUGCCAUCCACGCCGCUAACUCGACUCCGCCGCCUCAUCCAUUGAAAUCCCAAAUCCGAUUCCUCGAAGAUAGAGCUACACGACCAGGAGAAGAGGACUCGGAACAAAUUGAGGGUAGCCAGGCUCAGAAUGCCGAUGCCGAUACAGUGCAGGAAGAGUGGGAUACAUGGCGAGCGCAGCGCAACGCAAUCAUUCAUACCGUGGACGUCUCAGCCAAAUUCUCCAAGCUUGCCGAGAAGAACGUGCAGGGGUUCCGUCGUGGAAUGUAUGGCGGAGAUGUUGAUUUCUAUGUUGGCCCAGUUGAGGACUGGAUUGCAGAGCAGAAGAAGCAGCGAACAAAGACCGGCGUGCUAUCUUCGUUGACAGGACAGAGCUCGGUCGAGCCGUUCCUGUCACACGCGAUCCUGGACAUGCCGUCUGCACAACUUCGAAUCCCGCAUGUUGCGCCUAUGCUGAAACGCGAUGGCUUCCUCGCUGUCUUCGUGCCGAGUAUUACUCAAAUCGGCGAUUGCGUGCGCCUGAUUCGCCAGCACCAUCUGUCUCUAGUCCAAGAGAGGGUGGUGGAGCUUGGCAUGGGCAUUUCUGGCGGCCGUCAAUGGGAUGUCCGACUCGCGACGAAGAAGUCGGGAGCCGAUCCUGCCUCGUGGAGUCCAUCUGCCGAAGCCGAAUCGGACGAUGCGUCGGCUGACCCCGCUGAAGACCUUACCGAGAUCCCCGUUUCCGAAGUCCCAUCCAAAGUGGAUGAGAUGGUUAUGGUCUGUCGACCGAAGGUCGGACUACGGACCAUGGGCGGCGGCUUUGUGGGGAUCUGGAGACGCAUUGAAGAUCUCCCCAUCCGGUGA